AUGGCCGCGGCCCUGUCCCGCCGCGCAGUUGAGUGCGACUUUUCCACCACUGCUGACGCGGGUGCUACAUGCUCGAGCUUUGCAAGCAGCUGGGGACUCUCGGUCGACACUCUCCAGCAGCUGAACCCUGGCAUUACCUGCCCUAAUUUUGAUACUAACAAGUUAUACUGCGUGAUCGGCACUGUCAGUGAUAAUACCCCGAGCACCACACUCACGACGACAACCACCACCGAGCCCGCGCCCGGCAACUUCCCCACUAUGCCCGGCGUCGCAGACAACUGUGAUAGUUUCUACAAGGUCUUAUCCGGCGACCAGUGUGAUACCAUUGCUGCGAAGCACAGUAUCAGCGUAGCCCAGUUCAAGAGCUGGAACAGCGAGAUUAACAACGACUGCACAAACCUCUGGCUGGACUACUAUGUCUGCGUGCACGUUUCCGGCGCAACCACCACUUCGCAGGCACCCAAGCCAACCGACGAGCCCUCCGGCCCCACGCCCCAGAUGCCCGGGAUCGUCGACAAAUGCAAGUCCUUCCACCUGAUCGAGGACGGUAACAACUGCUGGUCUAUCUAUACGGAUGCGGGGAUCACGUUUGCGCAGUUUCGCGCAUGGAACACGGAGAUCAAUGCGGCGUGCAGCAACUUGUGGCUGGGAUACUAUGUCUGUGUUGGUGUUUAA